UUUUUCUUUUCUCAUUGAUGAGAUAUAGCUUAGUAAAUGUGGCUUCAAUGGUUGUUACGUACUUUCAUAUGCUAGAGACUUGUUUUGUGGCUCUAUUUCUUUCUUUUCAUUUCUAGAUCUCUCUCUUUUUCCUUUAAUGUCUUUUUAAACUUCAAAAAAGUCUUGUCCUUGUGUCUUCACUUAAACUCACGAAUUCCAUAUUUCAGUUCUCUCAUUUUUUCCAAGUGUAAAGCCUUCAGUAUCAAUGGAACCAGUAACAAAAAGGUGUGCAGUUGUUACAGGAGCUAAUAAGGGAAUUGGGUUUGAAAUAUGUAGGCAAUUAGCUUCAAAUGGGAUCAUUGUCGUAUUGACGGCCAGGGAUGAGAAGAGAGGUAUUGAAGCUGUUGAGAAGCUGAAAGCAUCUGGCUUUGACAACGUGGUCUUUCAUCAGCUUGAUGUGGCCGACAACGCUAGCAUUCACUCUCUUGCUAAUUUCAUCAGAAAUCAGUUUGGCAAGCUCGACAUUUUGGUGAACAAUGCUGGGAUUGGUGGAGUCAUAGUGGAUAGUGAUGCCUUAUCGGAUCUUGUGAAGGAAGGAGUUCCAAUCAAAUGGAAUGAAAUAAUGACUCAAAAUUAUGAGUUAGCUGAGCAAUGUCUUAAAACAAACUACUAUGGCGCCAAGAGAAUGUGUGAAGAACUUAUUCCCCUCCUUCAGUUAUCCAAUUCACCAAGAAUUGUUAAUGUUUCCUCCUCCAUGGGAAAGUUAGAGAACGUGAAAAACGAAUGGGCCAAACAAGUGUUAAGUGAUGCUGAAAACCUUACCAAAGAGAGAGUGGAUGAGGUGUUGAAUGAGUAUCUGAAGAAUUUUAAAGAGGGUUCACUCGAAGCCAAAGGCUGGCCUGCUUUCAUGCCUGCUUAUAUUGUAUCAAAAGCAGCUAUGAAUGCCUAUACAAGGAUCCUGGCCAAACAGUACCCAACUUUGUGCAUCAACUGUGUUUGCCCUGGCUAUGUCAAAACAGACAUAAACUACAAUAGAGGCAUAUUAACUGUAGAAGAAGGUGCUGAAAGUUGUGUGAGGUUAGCACUGAUUCCCGAUGGCAGUCUUUCUGGUAUGUUCUUUUCAAGGAACGAAGAGAGCUCUUUUUAGUGAACAUGAUCCAUUCCUAGUUUCUAUUUAUAAAAGUUAAACCAACGUAGCUUGUCAAAAUCUAAUAUUUUUUCCUUCUACUUUAUGACUAAGAAAUGUAAUUGUCUGUAACUGUAACAAGUUAUGAUGUGUUUAUAUAUAUAUUUUUUGUCAGUGUCAUUCUU